AUGAUCUGGUAUCUUCUCUAUCCGCUGCGUGGUACCACUGAACCACCACGGCUCGACACCUCGCACCCCAUCCGCCGCGCGUUCCAGGCCCACGGCACUGCCACGGCCCGGCAUUGGCUGCUCUCCAUUGUCCUGACCAUCACCGUCUCCGUCCUGCUCUGCUACCAGGCCGUCUUCCAGGCCGACAGCUCCGCCGCCGCUGCCCUCCGCAACCUGCCCAAGCAUGUCUGGACAUCGACCACCGAGGUCGAGGGCGAGCGCCCCGCCGAUGUCGUCGUGCGCCAGGUCUGGGUCCAUGGCGACUACAUGAAUGCAAUUGCCCUGCCGGUGCUGCGCGAAGCGAUGCAUGUCCAGGAAGUGCUCAUCAACGGCGGUUUUGACACGCGAGAGAGCGCUGCGUACGACGACCAGCACAGGCUCCAGCGCGAUGCUCCGGGCUGCCUCGUGGCACCCGCCGGAGAGAAGUGGGGCUGGCACUCCCCGUUGAUGUACUGGGACUGCUCGCUGAGCGCGCUGGAGAAUGACGACAACCUCCUCGAUACCAUCAACGCCCAGAAUCGCAUCCGCUCGGCACUCAAUGUCACCCUGCGCCCGAGCACCGUCUUUGCCGGCAAGUCCUUCUCGGCCACUAAACUUCGCGCCGCGGAUGCGUUGGUUAUCACGCUGUUCGACCAGACCAACUCGAGCUUGAGAGAUACUUGGGACUCACGGUCGCGCCUUCUGGCUGACAAACUGGACCCAGACUGGACCAUUUUCCCGCCCGACGGCCAGGUGGGGCGAAGUCGACUCUACGAGUUCCGGUUCAAGCCGAUGACUUUGAACGACGACUUGUUCUUGGCAGCGUCUUACCUAGUGACCGCAGUUUAUGUCAUAUGGAGGAUGAUGCAGCUGCGAGCAGUUAAGAGUUGGUUUGGUCUGCUUGUAACCAUAUGUGCCAAGAUGUCCAUCUGCGUCAUCGCCAGUUUCACACUCUGUACCUAUCUUGGAAUUGAUUUAGCGCGAAUACCCCGCCCAUGGUUUCCUGGAGUUGUCUUUUGUUUUGGAUUGGGAAAUAUAUUUCGUUUGAUUAAUGUCGUCCUCGAGACACCCCCGGAGAUGCCCCCUCACCAGCGAAUCGGAAAUGCGCUCGGUGAAGUCGGACAUCUAUCUCUUGCCAUUGCCUUCCAAAACCUGGCCCUUUUGUACUUUUGUUCCCGGCUCGUUUCACCCUGGGUAGCCGACUUUUGCGUCUUCGCUGCCGUCACCCUCGUAUUCGACCUUGUUUUCCACUUGACCUUCUUUGUUGCUGUUCUCAGCGUCGACGUGCAAAGAAUGGAACUCUCAGACUCACUGGACCGCGCCGAUCUCCAUCAAAACAACAACAAGAAAGGAACGGAGCGACAGUCUUGGCUUGGAGCGUUGUUAGAAGGUACCCUGCCACUCAGCACGCGCUUUGCUGGCACAGUCGCGAUCUGUUCCAUUAUUCUCGCUAUUAACUGGCACUUUUUCGACAACGACGGCAAGCAAUUAUCCAUCGAUACGCUUCGCCGCAAUCUCACAAUGAGGAGACGGAGACGCACCCCUGACAGCACAUGGAGCCCACCACCAAUCAAUCAGGCUAGGACACCCGCUGAUUGGCUUAGGAUUCAAGAUCACAAUACUGCCCGGGAACUAUUUGGUUUCAUCAAGCCGGGUGCUUCAAGCUUCGUAGCCCGUAUCUACGACCCCAUCCUCGUGGUUGCGAAAGGGGCACACGGGCGCGACCGACCUCAGCCGCCGCUGUCUUUCACCGAUGGAGUCCGCCGCUUUGCGCAAGGACAUGCAUUUCCGGUAGCCUUGCUCGUCGUUACGUUUAUCGCGGCUGUAACAUUAUUUAUGAACUAUCUUCUCUGGACUGGACUUCCGAGAACUUCUGAAGAGACGGAAGAUGAAGAAGUCACAUUGUCUAUCAAAACAUUGCCGACACCACAGAACCUAGACGUUGUGCAAUUGGCUUCUUGCUCGAGAGGCCAUCUUGCCAGCAUAUCCCUUGACCGGAGCACUGCACUGUGGCUACAUGGUCGCGGAGGGUAUCUGCACACAACGCUACAAACAGCAACGAUGAAGCCAAAGCUCUGGCCCAUAUAUGCUACGGCUAUGGACGAUGGUGGUAACAUCCUUGCGAUCUGUGCAGACACUGGUCAGAUCGGCUUAUGGGACAUCCCAGCAUCACGAUUCCUUCUGUUUCCCAAGAUUGAUAUUCGUGGACAGGCGCCCGUUCUCUUUACCUUUGCCUACCUCAAGACACGUUUAGAUGUCGAAAAGCUCUACCUUAUCAUCAUCACACCAGACGGACAUCUGACCAGGCUCGAAGCACGCACAGGCAUCCACUAUACCAGGCGCAUAUCAAGCAGUGCCAUCGUCUGCACCACAACUUACACCUCACUCAAGGGCGACACGAGCGUUGUGUUCGUGACGAAGCCUGGCGAGGUCCACAUCCUGCCGCUCAUGGAGGAGUGCAAUACGAUGUCCGAGGUAGUCGCCGGUCUCGACCCCGGUCCACCUCCAGGAAGCAACCCUGCGAAGAUUCGAUGUAUAGAGGCUGUUCCUAGUCUGGGCCUCAUCUUUGCACUCCGCGACGAGGAGGCUGAGAUAUUCGACUUCACGAGCCGAGCGCUCGUACACUCUUUCCAGAUCGGCCACGUCAAGCCGCACUCCUUCAGAGUCUUGUAUCCUAUGCGACGGACAUGUCAAUGUGGAGCUCCAACAGUGAACUCGCUUGCUGUCGCAUACACAGAGCAAGACACAGACCACAUGAUCAUGCAGAGUUUCUCCCUUGACGACAACACGUCUUCACAAAUAUGUCUCGGAAAACCGCUGGACAGGGAGAAGCACGGAUGCCGCGGGCUCGAUCAUGCGAAGGAGGCAGUGCAUUAUGUCGAGCCUGUCGGAGUGUGGGAGGCGACGGAUGCGCUCAGUGUCGUGGGGAUCAGGAGGUGUUUACAGUCACCUACGCCAUCGUCCACGGCUUCAGGCACUGAUGAAUCUAGUCAAAGCGUGGAUCCAGUGGCGCUCACGUCGGCGCUCAAGCAGCGAGCUCAAAACCAAGGCAGUCCCAAGGCCACCAAUUCCUUAGGGGGAGUCUUUGCCAAGGGUAGUCGAAAAGGCUUCAUUGGCGACACGGACACAUGGGAGGCCUGGACACUCUCAAGCACAGGCGAGUUUCGCUCACGACCACUCGUCCCGGACAACCUGGACGGCACCGCAGAGGUCCCUUAUGAAGACGAGCUUUUCGUAACAGCUCCUGGGCCAAUGACUAGACUAGGGAAGCGUAGCGUGGUCGUCGGCUUUGGCAACACUGUGAAGGUCAUCACAUUGGGCAAGGAGUCGUUCGAUGGCUUGACAAAUCUCCAAAGUAACGCCAUGGAUAUUGGCCUUGGGUCGUACAAGUGGAGGGCCCGCAGAGGCACUGGCAGGAAAGUACAUUCAAACAUCAUUAUGAGUAAAGCACAAUCACCUUACGACUCACUCCGGAACAUACCGCAGUACUACGACAACUCGGACUCGGAGAAGUCGGCCCUCAACCUCAUACUUGCGCUGCGGCCAGAAUGGGAGGAAACCAAGGACACAAUUGAGUUUGUGCGGUUUACCGAUGGCAUCACGAACACGCUUCUGAAAGCGGUGAACAACCUGCCCGGCCUGUCCAAGACCGAGAUCGACGACGACGCAAUCCUGCUGCGAGCAUACGGAAAGGGAACAGACGUCCUCAUAGACCGCGAGAAGGAAACCCGCUCCCACUCGCUGCUCGCACGCCACAAUCUCGCACCCUCUCUGUACGCGCGGUUUGAAAAUGGUCUCCUAUACAAGUACAUUCCAGGCGACGUAUGCACGCCUGAAGAUUUGCGACGGCCAGACGUAUGGCGAGGAGUAGCACAGAGGCUGGGAGAAUGGCAUGCCACAUUACCUAUAUCGAGCAUUAGCAGCACAUGUCCCGCGCCCGCACAACUCACAUCUCACAACAACAAGCGUGCGUCUCUAGCCGCCAUGGCGACCCUCACGCCAGGCAAGCCCAUCCCGAAUGUGUGGACAACAAUGCAGAAAUGGAUCCUCGCCCUGCCGACCGACACAACGGCGCAGGCCGAGCGGCGCGACGAGCUCAUGCAGGAGCUCGAAAGCUUAGUAGCGUUAUUGGGUGACACGCCCGGUGUAGGCGGCUCGAAUCCGUUUGUCUUCGCCCAUUGCGACCUCCUCUCCGGCAACGUGAUUCUCGAGCCUACGCCGUCCUCUGCCUCUGCUUCGCGCCGGUCCAGUGCGUCGAGCGGGUCCGACUCGCCCGACACUGCAGCUGCAUGCGUGUCGUUUAUCGACUACGAAUACGCGACUCCUGCUCCUGCUUCCUUUGACAUAGCAAACCACUUCGCCGAAUGGGGCGGUUUCGACUGCGAUUACAACGCCAUGCCCACACGCACCACUCGCCGCGCUUUUCUCCGCGAAUACCUCCGCAGCUUCAACGCGCACCAGAAUAAAAGUUACAAGGAGGAGGAGCUGGAGAUGCUGUUUGAGCAGGUCGAUCGCUUCCGUGGCGUUCCGGGGUUUUAUUGGGGCAUCUGGGCGUUGAUCCAGGCGCAGAUUUCGCUCAUCGAGUUUGACUAUGCGAGUUACGCUGAGAUAAGGUUGGGCGAAUACUUUGCGUGGAAGAAGACGCUUGAUGGUGGUGUGGAAACAGAGAACGAGCGGAUGGUGCUGAGGGAGAAGAUUUGGGCGUCAGAAGAGUAG